AUGGCUAUAUAUCAUGGAAUGCUGUUCCGCCUUAUGGCAGUACUACUUUUUGUGCAGUACUGUCAAGCGAAGACAGUGAAUCUGGAUUUCAAUGUCACUUGGGUUAAUGCGAACCCUGAUGGCCUCCAUGAGCGCAAGGUGGUGGGGAUCAACGGUCAGUGGCCGCUACCUGUUAUUGAGGUGGACAAGGGAGAUCGCCUGAUUGUCAACAUGUAUAACGGGCUUGGGGACAAGGAGACCUCCAUCCAUUGGCACGGAAUGUUCCAAAAUGGCACAAAUAAUAUGGAUGGUCCGUCGAUGGUUACCCAAUGCCCAGUCCCUCCUGGUGCCUCAAUUACCUACAACUUCACCAUCCCCCAAAAUGGUACUUACUGGUAUCAUUGCCAUACCGACUCCUGCUACCCGGACGGAUAUCGACAAGCUUUGAUUGUGCACGAUGAUCAGGCAUAUUUCAACGAUAUGUAUGAUCAUGAGCUUACCCUUACGAUGAGUGAUUGGUACCAUGAGCUUAUCGAGGAUAUCCCGUUCAUUCGUGUUGAAAAUCCAACGGGAGCUGAGCCUGUUCCGGAUUCUUUCCUCUUCAAUGACACUUUAAGCCUGAACAUUCCCGUUGAAGCUGGAAAGACCUAUUUGAUGCGAUUGAUCAAUAUCGGUGCCUUUGUGGCGCAGUACUUCUAUAUAGAAGACCACACUUUCCGCAUUGUCGAAAUCGAUGGAGUAUACGUUGAUGAGCAAGAGGCCGAUACUCUUUAUAUCGCCGUUGCGCAGCGUUACUCCAUCUUGGUCACUAUGAAAAAUUCUACGGAUAAAAACUAUCCUAUCGUGACCGUUGCCGACUCGCUUCUACUGGAUGUAAUUUCGCCUUCUCUCCAGCUCAACCAAACCAAUUGGCUCGAGUACAAUAGAAAUGCGCCGCAUCCACAAGCUCCAAUGAAGGUGGAAGUUUCCUCGGACCUUGUCCCAUACGAUGAUAUGAAACUCGUUCCUCACGACCGGAUGGAGCUCCUCACAGAGCCUGAUAUGACUAUUGAGGUCGACGUCAUUAUGGAUAAUCUGAAUGACGGUGCGGGUUAUGCGUUCUUCAACAAUAUCUCCUACACGAGGCCGAAGGUUCCAACAUUAUACUCGGUCCUCACAUCUGGGGAUUACGCCACGAACGCGCAGGUCUACGGAGAGUACACAAAUCCGUUCGUCCUCCGCCACAACGCGGUCAUCGAGGUUGUCCUCAAUAACCUGGACGGCGGUUCACACCCCUUCCACCUGCACGGACACAACUUCCAGCUCGUCAGCCGCACUCCCUCAUACGGUCCUUCUUUCCAGGACUUCGCCGACGGUGACCCAGUGCCUUUCAAUGCCACAGAGAACCCUUCUAGUAGCUUCCCGAAAUACCCUGCUCGCCGAGAUACCUUCGUCGCACCACCCCAGGGUAAUUUUGUCAUCCGUUUCGUCGCUGAUAACCCUGGUGUUUGGUUGUUCCACUGCCACAUUGACUGGCAUAUGUCGCAGGGCUUGGCAAUGUCAUUCAUCGAAGCCCCAAAGCAGAUUCAGGAGCAAAUGUCGCUGACAGAGAGCGAAAUCAACAUCUGCAAGGCUGGAAACAUGUCAUACGAGGGCAACGCUGCCGCUAACACGGAAGACCUGCUCGACUUAACCGGUCAAAACAAGCAGCUUCCGUGGCUAUCUGCUGGGUUUACGCCGAGGGGAAUUGUCGCAAUGGUCUUCUCCUGUGUGUCCGCUUUCCUGGGCAUGGCAUUCAUCGCCGUCUACGGUAUCUCAGGCAUCCAAUCUAAGGAGGAGACUCCUGUGGUUACCGAGCGUGAUGGAUUGUGA